GUGGUGUAGCUCAUUCAUUUCCUGUUGUUGCCUUCUCUCUCUCUCUCUCUCGCUUGAAUCUCACUGUCCAAAUCUCUCUCGCUCGACUAAAUUUGAAUCUCGAUUGAAUCUCACUCUCACGUGGUGAAGAUUUGAAUCUCGCAUGAAUCUCACUCUCGCUUGAUGAAGAUUUCGAUCGGACGUGAUGAAGAUUUGAAUCUCGCUUGAAUCUCACUCUCACAUGAUGAAGAUUUCGAUCGGCUGUUGAUGAAGAUUUCGAUCGAUUCAUAAUCAAGAUUCAUAAUCGCGUUUGAAGCAAGGAUGACUAAGAUCUAUUUCAAGCAAGAGCAUGAUUUUGAGAAAAGGCGUGCUGAGGCUGCAAGAAUCAGGGAGAAAUACUCAGACAGAAUUCCUGUGAUUGUGGAGAAGGCUGAGAGAAGUGAUAUUCCUAACAUCGACAAGAAAAAAAACAAAUGCUAUUGUGCUUUAAAUAUGCAAAAGAUUUAAAUUAUCGGCAUAGGAAUGCUCAGAUGGCGAGCCGGGCCUCAGUAGAGGUUCAUACUCUCAUCUAUUUCCGGAAACGGCCCACGGACACAGAGGCCAGAAUUGUGAAUCAGGGACUUACCGUCUAUGGAAACAAAGGGAGCACAGAUCAGCAUGCCUACAUCCAACAACUGAGGGAGGGUGUGCACAACUUCUUUGCAACAUUCAUUGAAGUGCUUCGUGAUAGGCCCCUGGCCAUGAUUGGGAGCUUGAACCAGGUGUCACAUGUGGUGACUACCUGUUUGGAAUGCUACAGGAAGUUCCUUAGCUUUCAGGUUGAUAACUUGGAAUUUCUGAGGGAAAUGAGGAUCAACCCAAUACAGGUUGCCAAAGCAUUAGUGGAAGUGUUUGCUGAAAUGAUUUUGAUGAAUAUGGGUGCAAGGUGUUAUGCCAGUUCAUUGAUAGAGUGGAGAAACACCCGAGCAAGAAAAUUGAUGAGAAGAUUGGCCAGUUCUCACCAAAACGACGUCGUUUUGGUGAGGAUUAAUAUCAACCCUUGGAUGAACCACUUUAGGAGAUCAUUGUAG